UUUCAGAUCACUCUCACUCUCACCUGCACACCGCCACAUAAGGCCGCCAUGGGUUCCAACACCACACCCUCGUUACAGCUGCUUCUGCUGACCCUGCUGGCGUGCGUCCUGCUGCCGGCACUGCUGAGCGGCGUGGGGGCGUGUGAGCCGGAGCAGCUGGUUCAGGGCUGCCGGCUGGAGGAGGGCGGAUGUGUGUGCGGCCUGGGAUGUGACACCACCUUCCGCUACGCCACCAGAGAGCAGUGCCAGGCGGCGCUAAAGGAGCAGCAGCAAGACCCGUGCGAGACCAAGCCAUGCAGGAACGGCGGCCUCUGCUCCCAGAUCUCGCGGGACCCAGGCUACCAGUGUCUGUGCGUCAAUACGGGAUACUACGGACGGACCUGUCACAAGAAAUGCCCAUCGCCCAAGCAGUUCUCUUCAGGUCUCGAUACCAGGUUCCCGGUUGAUUGCAUGGUCAUUUAGCCUCCAAGCCGCCACCACCACCACCACCACCACCACCACUAUUGCUGCUGCGGAUACAACCAUUUCGCCAGCAAGAACUGAGACAUCUGCAACGCCAAUGACAGCAUCAGGCAACACUACCGCCAAUUUGUGUUGCAAGUGUUACAUUGUCCGCUUCACUAACACCAACAACACCAACGAGAGGAAUGUGAAUGUUUGUGCUACAUCCACCACCUCUACCACCAACACCACCUCCACUACUUUCAUCACCACUUCGAGUAUGUCCUUUCCGUUCUCCAUCAACGCCACCUCCACCUCCCCUCUACCACUUCUGACAUUUAUAAGAGUUUCUCCCUCGCUGUCUUAAGCAUCUUCAUCACCCCUGUCAUCACCACCAACACCAUCAUCACCUCUACCACCACUACUUUCAUCACCACUUCGAGUAUCUCCAUUCCUUUAAACAUCACCACCACCUACACAUCCCCUGUACCACUUCUGACAAUUAUAAGAGUUUCUCCCUCGCUGUCUUAAUCACCUUCAUCACCACUGUCAUCACCACCAACACCAUCAUCACCUCCACCUCCACCUCCACCUCCAGUUUAUUCCUCACUGUCUUAAUCAUCUUCAUCACUACCCGUAUAUCUCUCUCUUUUCCUCUCAUCACUACCACCAAAUCCACCACAAUCUAUUUUCCCUGCAAUACAAAUCAAAAUUUAUCCACUUUCUCCACCCUAAACAACACCUCCAUCACCACCUCCACUAUCUACUUGACAUCCUCCACUACCACCACCACUAUACCCCACCUACAACACCACCAACAAUUUCUCCACUAACUCCACCACCUCCAUCACCGGGAGCACCACCAUCUUCCACAUCCAUUUCUCCACCACCACCACCACGACCGCCAAGAAUUUCUGUGCUCUCUCCACCACCACCACCACCACCACCAGCAAGGAAUAUAUGCCAAAGAGAACAAAGGCAAAAAUAACAACAAUGGUGAAGAAACUCGUAAUUCAAAGAGAAACUGAAAGAACAAAAAUAGUUACGCUUUAGAAAUCAUAAAUGUCAACAAACACAACCUCUUCUGAAAAACGAGAAAGAAAACAUUGAAACAAACAGUCUAUAUGAACGAAUUAAGUCCCGGAUUAUUUUUUUCUUCAAGUUAAUAAUUUCUUCACUUAAUGGAUGAUAUAAAGAGCCUAUUCACUCUUAUUCACACUUAUAAGACAAACAAUUCUACCUUCUCUAAAAUAUACACGACACUUCUAUCAUAAUUAGACACUCCUAUGAAUCUCCUAUGAAUACUACGAACACUAUACACCAAUCAACGCUAUCAAAACUCUACUUCUAAUAACACAUACAGUGGACACAUUUCUAACUCCUCUACAGUAUACAAAAGACACACUAAUAAGAAAAGAGUGUGUGCUAUCAGGAUGCAUAACUAAGUAACGUGGCUGCUCUCCAUAUGAAGGCACGUGGACGAUAUUAAAAAUGCAUUCGUAUACCUAAAGGAAAAGGAAAAGUUUAAUUAAAAUGCGUAUACACUCCCGGAAGGAAAGAGAGGGACAAAGGUAAACCAGCUCCUCCGCUUUAAGCAUUCAGACACACGUGCACUCGAGCUAAAAAUGUAAAAGUAAUCCCAGAGCAAGACAAAAUAAUUUACACACGCACACACACACACACACACACACACACACACACACACACACACACACACACACACAGACAAACACUUACACGCACCCACACCCACCCACACACACACACACACACACACACACACAAACACUUACACACACACACACACACACACACACACACACACACACACACACACACACACACACACACACACACACCUAUUUUCCAUAAUCUCAAAGCACAUUUACAUAUCAACAAAGUAUCUGAUCUUCCCUUUUUUUGCAUUCAGAUAAAAAGAUAUUCACAUUUUUUUUAAUAUACACUAAAGCGAACAGCAUACACAUCCCUCGUUUUAUGUUUUCUAGCAACACAUCAACACAUAUCAACACAUAGAUUUUUUCCAUUUUUCUCCAUGCAAAAAAAAUACGUUAUAACCAUUUUCCAUUAUAGAAGAACAAUCACAACAUUCACAAUCAUUUCCUCCCCUUUCCUCUCACAUAAAACACCUCACCUUCUUUUAUAUAGACAGAAAUACAGAUCAUCAUUUUCUAUCACACACUGAGGAAUACAACGCAGGGAACACACGAACACAACAUUCACAAUCACUUCCAUCCCUUUCCCCUCACACAAAACACUUCACCUUCUUUUCUUACAUAGACAGAAAUACAGAUCAUCAUUCUCUAUCACACACUGAGGAAUACAACACAGGGAACGCACGAACUGAUACACACUCCUGGCUUUCGUCUCUCUUCCUGAAUCUCCACUUCUGAACAACCAUGAACAAGAGACAGAAACCAAGUACACGAAACAGACCUUAAGACUCGCGGAACAGCCCUCAAGAGACUCACUGGUAAGACCUUCGAAACUCGCAGCUCAGAACUCGACAUUCCCGGAUCAGACCUCAAACAUUCGCGGAUCAGAAAUCACCUUGGUCACGGCUCGAGGCGCUACACUGAAUAAAACACAAACAAUAAUCAAACAAGAGGAAGCGAGGAGCGAGGAGAAGUGGAGAAAGAAGGAAAGAGAUAGAAAAAGAUAGAAAGACAUCGAAAAGAUAGAAAGACAUUGAAAAGAAAGAAAGAGAAUAGAAAGAGUGAAAAGAGGAAAGAGUUAAAAGAAAUGAAAAAUGGAAAGAGAGUUAGAAGAAAGAAAGUAAAAGAAAAGAAAGUGAAAAGAAAAAAGAGUUAGAGAAGAUAAAAAUACACUGAAAAGAAAGAAAGAGAAUGGAAAGAGAAAGUUGGAAGAAAGAAAGUGGAAGGAGAGUGAAAAGAAGAAAGAGAGAGUUAGAAGAAAGAAAGUAGAAGAAAAGAAAGUGAAAAGAAAGAAAGAGUUAGAGAAGAUAGAAUGAUAUUGAAAAGAAAGAAAGAGAAUGGAGGGAAAGAGUUAGAAGAAAGAAAGUAGAAGGGAAGAGAGUUAAGAGAAAGAAAGAUAUUGAAAAGAAAGUUAAAAGAAGGAAAGGGUUAAAAGAUAGAAAGAGGAAAGAAAGAGUGAAAAGAAAGUGUCAAGAAAGAGAGAGUGAGUGUUCGGAGAGUAAAGAAAGAAGAUAACGAAGCUAAGCAAACUAUCUUUCCCUCUUUUUUUCUUGUCGUGUGCAGUGGAAUUCCGUUUGGCUCGCUUUCUUUUAAGUGCUGAAGUGAGAGACUUGUGGAAAAGGAGAGAAGGAAAUACGAAAAAAAGAUAGAUAACACUGGAAUGCUCGCGACGAACAACACACCAUAGAGAAAAAUACGAUAAAAGUGGAAUCAGAGAGGAAGGAAAUAAAACCAAAAAUAGAGAGAAGGGAUACAACAUGGAGGUAAACAAAGGCGACAGGAUUUUUAAAAGAACAGAAUGAGAAAAGAACGUAGAGAGUAGAAAUAAAAGAGAAAAAAAUAAAACUCCAGUAUUUUUUGACAAUGGAGGAGAGGCAAGAAAGGAAUGCGAAAAAGAAGGAAGAGAAAAUAGCAACAGAACAUAAACGAAAAAGCCAAACAAAAGGAGAGAUCGGAAUGAAACAAAGAGAAGAAGUAGAAGAAAAGGCAAGAAAGGAAAGACAAAAAUAAAGGAAACCACAACAGAACACAGACGAAGAACACGAAACAAAAAAGGUAAAAGAAUAAAACAAAAACAAAACCGAGAGAAAACAAGAGAAGAACAAACCAGACUAGAAUUUUUGUGACAAUGGAAGAAAGAGUAAAAGAGGAGCAUGAAAAAAAGGAGAAAACAACAGAACAGAGACAGAGAAGAAAGAACAUAAAAAAGAUGGAAAAAUACAGGCAAGGCUGAAAAAAAGAUGAGAAAAAGAGCAGAAUGAAAAGAAGAAAGCAGAUAUAAUAAUGUUUUGACAAAGGAACAAAAGAGGAGAGACAAAGAAGAGAAAUAUAAAAAGGUGAAGGAGUAAAACAAAAACAGAAAUAAGAAUAAAACAAAAACAAAAACGAGAGAAGAACAAAAAGAGCAGAAGGAAAAGAACAAACCAGACUAGAAUGUUUUGACAAUGGAGGAAAGGAGAAAAGAGGAACAUGAAAAAAAAGGAGAAAACCACAACAGAAUAGAGACAGCGAAGCCAGAACAAAAAUAAUAGUAGAAAAAUACAGGCAAAACUAAAGAAAACAUUAAAACAAUAGCUGAAUGAAAUAAGGAAAGCAGUAAUAAUAGUGUUUUGACAAAGGAACAAAAGAGCAGAGACAGAGAAGACAAAUAAAAAAAGGCGAAGGAGUAAAACAAAAACAGAAAUAAGAAUAAAACAAAAACAAAAACAAAAGAACAACAAGACCAGAAGGAAAAGAACAAAUCAAACUAGAAUUCAUGACAGUGGGAGAAAGAAAAAAAGAGGAACAUGAAAAAAAGAAGAAAACUACAAUAGAAUACAAAUAUAAAAAAUGGUGGAGGAGUAAAACAAAAACAAAAUGAGAGAAAACAGAAGCAGAAAGAAAAGAACAAACCCCAGACUCUUCCCUCCUGACUCUCCUUAACUCGCCUUGAUUUCAAACAUGCCUCGCCGCGAACUCUCAAAACGACACAAUUUUCUUUUCAUCAGAAUUUAGGAGCAGUGACUAGCCGGCUUUUUUUUCAUUAUUGUUUCCUCAUUUUCUUUCUUUUGAGCUGUUUCCUUUGCUGUAAAAAAAACCGGGAAACUAUUUUUUUAACUUCAACUAAAAAAAAAGGAAAAGAAGCCGAAAUAACGACUACAAAGUUAAUUAGGGAGCCAUUAUAAAAGGAGAUGAGAGAGAAAAACCUGUUAUGUUGAGCCCGAAAAAAAGUUGUAACAUAAAAAGUUCUUACAUCACACACCAUUAAAAAAUAACGUAUAACUUCAAAAGGAGCAAAAAAAUAAUCUCACUGUGAACACUUACUAAUUAACUCUCAUACUUUUAUCAUCAAACAAUUACACAUAAACCCUUUACUACCAACACAAAAUUCCCUCAUUACCAAGAAUAAUUAACGCCUUUUAUACUGCACGCCCUUUUUCAAUUAUUUACAGCUUAAAGCGACCUUCCUUCAUCUUUGCAAUCACUAAUUCCUGAGGGAGGGAAAGGAUCUGUUGGACUGUUCAGGAUAAGAUAGGUCACAUGAGCCACAGGGAGGUUGACGAACUUAGAUGAGGUUUGAGCAGUUGAACAAGAACCCACAACAUACAGAGGGUAGGAAACACACAAGAAAAUACAUAUAGGUUAACAAAGCAUUGAAAAAGUAGAGAUCAUCAAAGGAUAUUAUAUAAAGAUGGAGGAUACAGUAAGAAUAUAGGUAACAAAACACACAGGAUAGCAAAAAACGAAUAGGAUACAGGUCAACAAACCGUACAGGAUAAGGAUAGAGGUCAACAAAGGAUACAGAAUAAUAUAAAAAUACAGGAUACAAAGGUGAUACAGGAUACAGGGUGAUAAAAAGAUAAGGGUACAGGUCAGGUCAACACAGAACACAGAAUGAGAACAAAGUAAUAAUAUAGGUCAACAAAGAACUAUGACUACCUACCGAAAUCGUGGAAAGAGAACAAGGAGGCACUUCAGUUUACAUGCUGAGAAAGGUCGGCAGCCGGAGCGAGACUGACCCACUUAGAUAAUGUAUACGAACACUGAAAACCGGAGGCGAGACAGAGAGAACAGAGACACAAGUUAACGCAGAGUAAGGAAUACAUAGGAAUACAUAGGAAGAACAGACACCAGAAGACCUAUCGGUCUAUGGCGAGGGUGUCUGUUAACUACCGCUACUACUAGUAAUCUACGUGAGGUAGAACAGGACAGAAAAGAUGAAGGCUCCUCCCCACCCACCUCUCCCUCCGGCAACGUGCCGGCAGGAAAUAGUUAGAAGGGAACACCAUGUACCUUUAAGGAAGAAAGGGACAUGGAAAUGUUACAGUAAAGAGAGAAAUAAGAGGAAAUUACUACCCAUAACUUACACUACUGGUAACCUAAGCUGUGGUAGAAAAUGACUUCAUUACAUAAGAACAUAAGAACAUAGAAAUACAGGGAGACUGGAAGAGGACGAGUGGCCUACACAGGGCAGCCCCAGAAUCCCCCCUAAUACUCACGAUGGGUGAGGUGUAGUUUCAGGGCCACAGGUGGAGGCUUGAUCCUCGUUUUACCGGCGGUACUAGGCACGGCACCAGUAACCUGUCCCCUUACUGCACCCACACCUCACUCCACCUGUCAUGCGGACAUGAACUGUUGCUUUACUCUAUUGUUGACUUUCGCUACUUGCAAUCUAGGUUUUGGGGGAGAAUUAUAUGAAUAUAGGUUGAGGUCUUGCUGCAAUCUGUCUGAAAACAUGCGAAAAUGGGUCAGUAUAAUCUUAUAUCCCUGAAGUACUUAUCCAAAGAAGACUUAAAGCUAUUGAUACUCUGUGCGCUAACUACUGACGGUGGGAGUCUAUUCCAGUGAUCGACGACUCUGUUAUUGAAAAAACUUCUGCGCACCAAUGUGUUACAUCGAUUUCCCUUUAGCUUCAUACCGUUGCUGCGUGUUCUUGUGUUGGUGUCUCUGAAAUAGACUAUCUGGUUUAAUGUUGUCGAAUCCAUUAAGGAUUUUGAACACUUCAAUUAAGUCCCCUCUUAUCCUUCGCUUUUUUAGGGAAAACAUAUCUAAACGCUUUAAACGCUCGUCAUAUGACAAGUUUCGGAGCGCUGGAAUUUGUUUGGUUGCUCGUCGCUGUAUCCUUUCUAGCAAAACUUGAUCUUUGAUAUAGUUCGGUGACCAGAACUGAACGGCGUAUUCUAGGUGUGGUCUUACAAAUGCUAAAUAUAAUCUCUUCAUAAGUUCGGGUGAUUUAUAAUCAAAGUUUCUUGAUAUUAAUCCCAACAUCAUAUUGGCUUUUUUACUCGCUGCAGAACAUUGAUCACUCAUUUUAAGAGUGUUACUGAUAAUGACACCAAGAUCUUUUUCUUGUUUUACUUCGCUGAGCUCAUGUCCUUGAAUCUGAUAUUUAAAGUUAGGAUUUUUUUCACCUAUGUGCAUUACUUUACAUUUAUCUACGUUAAAACUCAUUUGCCAUUUUUCGCUCCAGUCGGCAAGUCUUAUUAAGUCUGAUUGAAUGUUCUCGCAACUUGACUGUUCAUUACCGUACCUCCUAAUUUGGUGUCGUCGGCGAAUUUGGCUACUUUUGAUAGGAUAUCAGUUUCUAAAUCGUUCACGUAAAUUAUGAAUAGUGUUGGCCCCAGGACCGAACCUUGAGGAGUCGAGAAGUCUUAAGCGUUGGAGGAAAACUAAGACGUGUCACAGUUUACAGGUUGAAGUAUAAAACAGAAACCAGAGAAGAACAAAAGCAGAAUGAAAUGAACAAACCAGACUAGUAUUUUGAGGAAGGAUGAAAGGCAAGAACGAAAGGAGAACAGAAGAAAAUCGCAACAGAAUAGAAGCGGAGAAGCCAACAAAAAAGGUAGAAAAAUAAAACAAAAACAAAAAAACAGACUAGUAUUUUGAGGAAGGAUGAAAGGCCUGAACGAAAGGAGAAUAGAAGAAAGUCGCAACGGAUUAGAAGCGGAGAAGCCAAACAAAAAAAGUAGAAAAAUAAAACAAAAGCUGGAGGAAAAUGACUAAAUUAGAGGAGAUACGGAUAUUUAAAAAGGAAAUCAAUGCAUGCAGAGUAGCGAUACCAGAUUAAAACUUACUACAAUAUAAAGUUUUAAGUAAAGAGACAGUCAUGAAAGUACUAAAUUGACAGCUCUGGAAAACAUUGAAAUUGAUACGGAUAUUUAAAAAGGAAGUUAGUGCAUAUAGAUUAACGACACCAGAUAAAAGCUUACUAAAAUAUGGAGUUUAAUUAAUUAGAGACAGUUUUAAAAGUACGAAAGUGAGAGCUCUGAAAGGUAGGCAGGUAACACCAUUGAUUAAGUGAAGGUAAAGACAGGUUAAUUAAAAGGUGGCAGCUAUGACAGGUAGACAGAUGACACAACGCUAUUAGGGAGCGAAAUGGAAGGUCAGGUACAAAACGCAGGAAAGUGAAAGUAGAGACAGGUUAAUGGAAAAGUGACAGCCGUGAUAGUAGGUGGACAGGUGACAGGCAAGACAAUCGAGAAGCGGAAAGGGAGACUCAGGUGCAAACGAGAAAAAGUGAGAGUACUCCAACAGGUUAAUUGAAAGGCAGGUGUUAAAUUGGACACACACCGACUGAACAGGUGAAGUGAUGAAGCCAGAUAGCAGAGGACAGGUGAGGCGGGUCGGUGAGGUAAGGACAGGUGGCUGGUUAAUUAAAGUUGAGGUUUGUUAAUUACAGGUGAGAUCGAGCAAUUAAAGUGAAAGUGGUUAGUUUGGGAAGGCGGAGGUACAGUUGCAUGUGAAAUAACGAUCCCUCCUUACCUUUCCUCUCCUCUCCUUCAUCGUUAUCUGUAAUCCCCCUCCCUUUCCUUCUCUUCCUCCCCUCUUCUCCCUUACCUUUCCUCCACUUUCUUCCAUCGUCCCUUUAAUCCCCCUUCCUCCUUUCCUUCCCUCGCUUCCCUCAUCUUCUGUUUCCUCCCCACUGCCCUCUCUCACUUCCUCAUCCGUCCUCCACUCCUCUCCCCUUCCAUUUCCUCCCUUUCCCUUUCCUCUCCAGACAGUUCAUCCCCCUUCUCCUAUCUCUCCCUUCCUCACCCUUAACUUUCCUCCCUCACCAGUUCACUCCCCUCUCCCUUCCCCUUCACCCUCCUUCCUCCUACCUUAAGACCCCAUGUAUCUUGCUAAGCGGAAAAGACUUCAUGUCAAAACGGGACUUAGUGUGAGAUGGAAAGGUAGUUCACGAAGAUAAUUAAGACUGAGACCAAGUGAGUUCAAUAUUGCGUUAGAAUUCAAUUAAGUGAGUCUCCGUUAAGUGAGUUCCGGAUUUAACUUGAGCUGCGUACAGGAAUAAGUUAUCGAAAGUUAAGAGAUAUGAGUGGCUGGUGAAGUUAAUCCGAAGUCAUAUCAAAUUCUGGGACGGGGAAAUGAAGUGGUGGGCGAGAAGUUUGUGUGAUGGUGAAGUAAAGGUUCUCUCGUUGGUUGGUGAAGUUUUAGGGAGUUGGGUGUUGUAAAGAGCACUGUAUGUGGAUGGUGGAGUGUCUGUGGGUGAAAGCCGUGUAGUGUGGACGUGGAAAUGAGGUGGCUGGGGAAGUUCAUUUGAUUCCGAUGUGAUCCCAGCGUUAGGUUAAGUUAGUUAGGGGUAGGUGGAAAUUAAGACCAAUGUGGCAGGUCGAGUUAAUUAAAAGGGGAAGUGGUUUAUUCUUCGGUGGAGGGAGAUUAAGUUGUAACAGAAGUUUAGCAAUAUUGAAACGAGCAUUUUGUUACGUGGCAGUUUAAGAAAGUUGGAAUUAAAAGCUAUAGGAAAACAGAUAUAUCCUGAAGUAGUUAACACCAAUGUGGCGGGUCGAGUUAAUUAAAAGGGAAGUGGUUUAUUCUUUGGUGAAGCGAGAUUAAGUUGUAACAGAAGUUUAGCAACAUUGAAACGAGUAUUUUGUUUGGUGGAAGUUUUAAAAAGAUGGAAUUAAAAGCUACAAGGGAACUAAUGCAUUCUGAAGUAGGGAGAUGAAGUUGUUGAAGUUUAUCAAUACAAAAAUGAACCACUUUGUUGGGUGACGUUUGGAGGAGUUAUAAGUUCAGAGGUUAUUAUUGAAACUCAUAUUUUGGAACACAGACGAAGUUGUUGGAAAAGUUAAUCAGUACUAAAAUGGAGCCUUUGUUCAGUGACGUUUUAAAAAGGUGGGACUAAGAGGCAAAUGGAAACUUAUAUUUUUGAACGGACAGAUGAAGUUGUUGCAGAAGUUUAUCAAUACCGAAGAAGGCGUUCCGUUAGUUGAAGUUCGGGGUAGUUAGAGGAGUGUUCUCGUUAGGCGGGGAAGGUUGGUGUGGUGAAUCAAAACACGUGAUGUAUAAGUGUGAGGUUUACUGGUUUACUUGAGAUGUGGUUGAGGUUACAAGUAGAUUUAUAAGUUCAUUUUAGUUUUGUCGUGUAUCUUAUAUGAAACACGGGUUUGUGAAAGACGUGCGAGAUGAGGUUUGUAAGUGCAAGAAAAUAUAUAAGUUCAUUCAA